AUGAGUUCAUUUGACUUGGAUCAAUAUAUUAGUGGUUAUUCAGGACUCACUAAAGUAAAGAGACUCCAAUUCAUUGUUGAAAAUUCCAAGGAGUUACGAAGCAAAGCCUUGGUGAAACUCAUUGAUUUGUUGAAGACUGGAAAGAAUACCACUCUCUACAAGGAAGUGAUUGAAAAGUACGGAAAGGAAGUCGGUCAAACUUUGGAUACUGAAUGGAUCGCUCAAGUUGAUCGAGCAGCAACUAAACAACAAGAAAAGCUUGAAGUUGAACUCAAUGCCCAUAAAACAAACUUGAUCAAGGAAUCUAUUCGUGUUGGUCAUAACGAUUUGGGAGAUUUCCAUUUGGAGAGAGGAAAUUUGCAAGAAUCAUUGAAGAGUUACCUCAGAACAAGAGACUAUUGUACAUCAUCAAAGCAUGUGAAUGAAAUGUGUCUAAAUGUCAUUCGUGUUAGUAUUGAGAUGGGAAAUUACGCUUUGGUUAAUCAAUAUGUCACCAAAGCUGAGAAUACUCCUGAUGUCUCCGAUGGUACUGAUAUCAUUACGACCACCAAGAUUUUGGCUUCAUCUGCUUUGGCCAAUCUCGAAGGAAAGAAGUACAAGAUUGUUGCUAGAAAAUUAUUGGACUGCGACAUUCAAUUGGAAAAUUCAUUCAAUGAUGUCAUUACCUGUAGCGACAUUUCUGUGUAUGCAGGCUUGACCGCUCUUGCAACAUUUGACAGACGUGAAUUGAAAGAAAAGGUUUUGUCAAACAACAAGUACAGAGGUUUCCUUGAAUUAGAACCUGAUAUUUCAAACAUUAUUAAUUGUUUCUAUGAAUCCAAGUAUACAGCAUGUUUGGAAUCACUCGACAAGUUGUUACCAAGAUUAUUGUUAGAUAUUUAUUUGAGAGAUCAUGUUUCAACAUUGUACGAAAAGAUUAGAAGCAAGGCUUUGGUCCAAUAUGUCAGUACCUUUACCUCUGUCGAUAUGAACAAGAUGGCUGUUGUUUUCAACACUACGGUGGACAAUUUGGAAAAGGAAAUUGCAGCAUUGAUCAUGGAUAAACAAAUUAAGGCUCGUAUUGACAGUCACAAGAAGAUUUUGUAUGCCCGUGUUACUGAUAUCCGUAAUGCCACAUACCAAAAGACUUUGGAAAUGGGUGAACAAUUCGUUAGAGAAUCCGAAGCUGCUAUUUUGAGAAUGAAUGUCAACAAGCAACGAGAUUUUGUUAUCAAGCCAAACAGAAAAGCUGCCAAACAAAUGAUGUUCUAA